CCCCCACCGCCACAACACUCUGGAGACAGAAACGGCUCCCUCAGCAUGUACCACCAUCAUCACCACCAUCACCUCCAACACCCCCCCAGUCCACCAGAGCACAGGAGUGAGUGGGAGACAGGCGGCUAUCUCCCCAGAGGAGGGCUUUACUCGGCUAACACCAGUGAAAUGUCCCACCCCUCAAGUCCAAAGGUAAUGAGAAAUACAUCACAUGCCAGUCAUGUGUCCACAUCGAGUUUGCAACUAGCUCCCAGCCCACCAAACCAGAGGCGUCAGACGACCCCCGUCAUGUCUAAGCCUGUCAUGCUGCCACAGUCGCAGGCCCAUCGACCAGAGCCACACAAGGCUGCUCACCGUUCGGAUGGUCUGCCUCCAGAGAUGCUGAAACGGAUGGUGCCCUUCAACUCGUCUUUUAAAUCAAAGAACAAACGACAAGUAAUCCAUACCUAUAACCAUCCCUGUAUUAUCACUUGAGUGCUUUGGCUCUGUUCUACCUCUUUCUCUCUUUCUCACAUCACGUCUCCUUAUGGAUGACUGCAGGCUCAGUGAUUGCUGCCUGUUUAGUUUUAAAGGGGCAGCAUUAGUCAUUAUGUCCUAUCUUUGUUGGCUGCAUCACUGCCUUGAGGUCCAGGUCUAAAACACAUGUGCAUUUUCAUUAGGGAUGAGCUGAGACGGUACACAGCAUCGUUAUCCCAAAAAUCCUAUAUAUCGCAUGCGUCACUAUGCACAGACUGUAAAAAUGUGAUAAUAACAGCAGUUUAGCUGAGUUAUUGUGUGUGCUGUUUAUUUCUUCUUUAUGGGAGAAGAAAAUAUGCUACAGAGUUGGACAAUUGUUUGAAAUAGCUUGAAAUGGCACAAAUGUGAUGUUAACAGCUUCAUAGUUUGGUCUAAAAUGACUGUAUCCAGGAUCUCAUUUUCAUUGAUUGGAAGCACACGGUGUCGCAGUACUGUGAACGUGAAGUGUGUCAUUUUGUUCUUACUGCAGUGAUUAGUUUGAUCUUCAUUGGCAAAUGAUGUUUGGUACUGAUAAAGUGAUGUGGAAGUUUUUGGAAUCUUUUUGUUUGGCUUGAGAUUGACUUGAGUUGAAAAAGCAGUAGCGACUGUUUGAUGGUGGUCCUGAAUCCUAAAAUGAGGUUAAUGAGCAGCACUUGUAUGUAGGUCAUACUGUUGUUAAGGUGGGAGAAGUUGACCGCUGAAGUACUGGUCUGGCAGUUGUUACAUUUGUGGGGGAUCUCUAUGGGAGGUAGGAAGGUUUUAAGAUGACAAUAUCGAGGGGUGAGUGUGCCUGGAGGGUCUCAUUAGAUUCCAAAUGAGCAAUUCAUUUCAGUCACGUCUUCUCUCUCUGAGAGCUUUUUAUUUUCUUUUACCUUCCAAGAUUAAACAGUGUGUCUGUUCCCCUGUUAGUCAGUUAAUGUGUCAGGAUUUAAAAGCCACUUUCCUAUCUUUAGUUAAAGACUGCAAAUCUGGCCACAGUUCUCAUUUAUUGCACUACAACUUAAACACACAAGUGGUUGGCAAAGGAAAUAUAGCCAGCAGUUGAUGCAGGGAUUUGUUUUUGUGCCAUGUUUUUUUUUAAUUAUAUUUUGAUGUAUUGAAUUUUAAUGAAGUCUGCAUGGAUUCUC